AGAGUUCUCCCCAUGACUAAAGUCUGGGGGAAAAGCUGUCGUGACAGAAAUUCACUGGGCAAUCGUGACUGUAAAAAGCCUUGCGUUGCUAUCCAUUUGAUAUCAUACACGUCAGUGAUAGGCAGGGUUAACUAGCGCGUUUACGUACGAGCAUAGUGAUUGCCUGCGGCACAGGUAUCAAAAGGUAGUUUGCAAUUAUUUGUAAUUAAACAGCGUUAUCAGUGCGUUUGUUUAUCUUCUUUCGACGCACCUUGCACUGGUGUUUGUCAAUUGAUCCUAAUAAAAUUUGAUCCACCAAGUGACAAUUGCUCUACUUGACAAUUGUCACUGUUUUGUUAUUGUGCCAAACGAAGGAGAAAAGAAUUUUGGAGCGAUAAACGACAUCCGACAGAGAGCUUCCGCAAUUUUAUUGAGUGACUAUUAUUUUCUUACGCAAGCAAAGCGAGAAGUCAAAAUGGCAGACGACAAAAACGAUGACACGCCGGGGCGGGAUUCCGAAAGUAAAUCGAAUCCGGCGGAGGAGAGAUCGCGGUAUUUCAAAAAGCUGGAAGAAUGGCUCCAGGAGGCAUAUGCCUGGCAAAGUGUCGCGGCAAUGUUUCCCUAUUAUAUGAUGUCAGGGCAAUCCAUUACGAAUCCGACACUUGCUUCAACACCCUUCCAACCAAAUCAAGCAUCAACACAAUCGAAUACGCAAAGAGUGAUAACUGGAAAUGCAGACAGACAGAAUGAGACGGUGAGACAAAGAAGACCUCAGGAACAACCCACAGGACCUUUCCAACCUCCAGGAACUGAUGGUUACGAGUAUCGGAUUCCUCCAAUUUGGAAGAGGUUUGCAGCGGAAUUUAUAGAUUCGACAAUGCUAUUUCUCUUGAAGUUUUCCAUCACCUUCAUUGCAAUCGAUGUCUUCGAUUUUAUAGACAUAGAAGACUUAGAUUUGUUGCAAACAAAUUUACGUAUUGAUUAUAAAAUGGCUCUGGAGAUGACUUAUGGAAUUCUGAUUCUGGAAGUAAUUCAUCGCGUGAUAGUUUGUAUCUUUGAGGCCUUUUGGCUUCAACAUGGAGUGUAUGGUCUUAUCGGAGGCGCUACUCCUGGCAAGUACAUGAUGGGUUUGCGAGUGGUUCAAUGUCGAAGUAUAACCCCCGUUGAACGUCCGAAUGAGCCGGACAUGGUCCUGGUGAGCCCCGGAACCGAUCUGGGCCUGCCGCUGGCAUUGGGCCGAUCAAUGGUGAAAAAUUUCGUGCUGGCAUUCAUAUUCCCGAUUUGUUUCUCCCUGUUCUUCUUUAGGUUCAACAGAACCGGCUAUGAUUUGAUCUGUCACUCUAUCGUCAUAGAGGAUCCCUAUAGAAAUAACAAUCGGCCACAGGAGUAAUCCCUCUGACAAUGAGGGAUGCUGCUGGGGGACAAUGAUGGAAUUCUCUGUGAUGUGUACAUAUGGCUGUACGUGCUUCUUGUACCAAAUGCAUGCGGGUUCAUGUGUAUGGCGUGUAUAUACGUGUAAAAAAUAAAGAUUAUCAUUGCGGCUGGAAGCCGUUUCAGAAAUUUUUUAUU